AUGAUUCAGUUUGUUCUCAGAUCAAAAUGGAAAUAUGGAGAAACUGGUAGGAAGUCAUCAAUUUACGGUCCAAAAGACUGGGGCAAAGUCUCAAGACACUGCACCGGGAAUUCCCAGUCUCCUAUCAACAUUGAUACCAGGAAUAUAAGCCAUCAUCGGCAUCUUUCAUUCCUGAGGGGAUUUUAUGCGGAUACCAGGAAAAUUGGAGCUCAACUAGUUAACAAUGGGCAUGCACCAACAUUUAACGUUGACUUAGGAACAGCUUUUCUUGCUGGGGGUCCCUGGGGAAGCAAUCGAUAUAAGCUGGAACAAUUCCAUUUUCACUUUGGUUGUACAGCCCGGACAGGAUCUGAGCACAAAGUGAACAGCUUUCAAUACUCUGGAGAGCUUCAUCUGGUAUAUUAUAAUACAAAAUACAAAGAUUUCAAAACUGCUGUUGACAAAACCGAUGGCCUGACCGUGAUAGGCGUUUUCCUGCAAGAGACAAAUUCGCGGAGAGACAAUUAUGAGUUGUUGAAGUUAUACGAUAAAUUGACCAAGGUUACAAAGACAGAUGACGAUGUUAAGAUCCGGGUAUACAUACACCUAGCUACCUUGGUGCCAGCACUGGCGUCUAUGUCUUGGACGUAUUUUUUUUCGUACAAAGGAUCACUGACCACCCCUCCCUGCUAUCAGUCUGUUAAUUGGAUCGUGCUGUAUAAGCCUAUUCCUGCAAGCACAAAAGUGAUGAAUGCGUUCAGGCGUUUGAAAAAUAAUGAAGGACGUCCCAUGUGCAACAACUUCAGGCCCGUACAACCACUGAACGGCCGCAUGGUCACCUGGUACGGUACGCUACACUGAAGGAAUACAACAAUGUGGCUGGUUACUAAUAAUCAGCUCAUUUCGCGCUAUAUCGAUAACCUCGAGCGAUAGCUUUAAAAUUAGCGAGGCAGCUAACCAAUUCUAUUUCAUUUUGAGUUCAGAUGACUUUUAAUGGUGACUCGGAAUGUAUAACUGGUUGUUUAGAAAUUUUUUUUCAACCCGCUGAUACAUUUAGAAGCAAUAGCUACUUUUGGC